AUGUCCUACGCCGAGCAUGGACCGCGCAUCUUUUUGGCGGGCAGGCCGGACAACGAUGCGCAUUCGAUUUACGGCGAUUACGUCGCGCCGCAGAAACGAUCGGAGGGUCGCUUGAAGAUGUACGAAUCAUGCAGGGAUAUUCGAGCUUGGAGCCCGAACGUGCUGGAGAACACGCGUUAUUUUCGCGAGCUCAGCGAGCACGCCACUACUAUCGUGCCGGGAAAAGUGGUGCCGUUCGACGUCGUGAUGGAGAACAUGAUAGGGCUCACGGCUCAGGCUCAGAAGGAGCUUCGCGCCGCGCAGCGAGAGUUGCAAAAAUACAAAUCCCUGAAGCUCACUCCGGAGCAACGGCAGCACCUGAAGCGCUUUGACAAGGCUAACGUCGAGCGAGACGCCGAUCGGGCGGCGCUGGGCGAGCGGAAGGCGGAAGAAGCGAGCGUCAGACCUGCGAUAAAACCUCUCCUCUCGCGAGAAACGUUAUUGUUCCACCCGGGUAGACUCACCUGCUCGCGACACUCGCCCAAUACGUAUCUGUCCAUGUACCUGUAUCCCGACCAGCGAUUCCGCUAUGACAAAGAAAUCUGCAGCUCGCUGCUGGCUGGUAUGUACAUCUCCAAGGAGAACCGCUUCACGAGUUCGUCGUCGACGGAGAACGAGACUUAUCUGGUGUCGCGCGUCACCUCCUGCGAUCUGCUUAAUGAAGAGAAAGUUACGCGAGAGUGUAGCAAUCAGACGAGUAUCUGUAUCGAGUACGUCGACGCGUCCUCCCAAGCGGGCCAGACGAUGCGCGAGGUGUGCGUGCAGACGGACGAGUGUAAGGACGCGAGGGACGUCGAGGAUGACGGCAACGGAAGGAUGCGGCGCGACGUCGACUCGUGCUCGAGCCAAUACUACGGGAGCAGCGAGAGCGGCUCGGCGUCGGACUGCAGGUUCCAGCUGCAGGCCGCGGCUGACCUCGACGGAGAUUCCUGCGAGGACAGUCACAAGCGAACCAUCAUCCAGAAGGACUCGGAGAUCAUCGUGCUGAAGAACGAGCUCGGUAUGAAGGAGGACGAGCUGGAGGAGCUGCGGGAGCUGAACAGGCGCUUGGAGGAGAGGCACGAGAACGCGAAGAUCUUGAGGCGCAAUUUCAAUAUCCUGCAGAAGAAGCUACAGAUAGUGAGCGAGAAACACAUGAGCGAAGCGAAUGAAUUAAGCGCGAAACUCUCCGCCUCGGGGUGUCUGGUGGAUCAGUUGAAAGCGGAGUUAGCUAGAAAGUGUCAAGUUUGUCACUCGCAGUCGCAAGAGAUCCAGCAACUUCGGGAACAACUGAAAGACGCGGAAUUACUUUCCAUAGAGAACGAGUCUCUCGCGAGGAAGGUGGAGGAAAUCGAGUGUCUGUCGAAGGAAGCGGAAAGCCGCGGCGUUGCUUUGGAGCAGGUGAGGAGCGUCUGGCGGCAGUUGGAUCUUCUUCAGGAGCACUGUCGCGAGCAGAGCUGCACGCUAGCCGACCGAGAGGACGAGAUACAGCAGCUGCUGAUGUUGAUAAAGCAAAUGUCCGUCAGCUCCGACAGUCGCGAGGUAGAGGUGAAUGAGAUGAAUGAUGCAAUAGCCGACUUGAGAAAUGAGAUUCGGGCGAAAGACGACAAGAUCUCGCAGUACAAAAUGCAGCUGGACUGCAUCGAACGGGAGGUCGGUAAUUUGACUAGCAUGCUGAAGAGUAACCUGAACGACUUGGACGAGUCUAAAGUGGCGUACGAGAGUAUUUGCGAACGCAUCAGGUGCGAGCACGACACUUGCUUGGACGUGCAGAGCGCGGUGGCCACCUUGGGAACGUUCAUAGCCGCGUUGGAGGAGCACAGACGAGAACGACGGGAUCGUCUGCAGGAGAUAGAUAGCUUAAAGGCUUUCAUGGCGUGCUACAGUCGAGAAACCGUGAGCGAAAUCGCGAACAUGGAUUUUUAUACCGGACACGAAUUGGUUCAGUCGCAAGCUAUAGAAGACGUUUCCACGUGGAGCGAUCGCUCGUCCAAGGAGCUGGUUCACGUGCAAGUCCAAUCGGACGAGGUGGAGACCAGCACUACGUGUUCCGACUCAUCGCGCUUGAAUCAAGUGAUCUCGAACGAGAGGAUCGAUCGCGUCCUCGUGACGCAUUUCGAGCGACACAUCAACAAGAUGUCGGAGAUCCUUCAAGGAGCCGAAGAUCAACACGUGCAGAUCGUCAGGGAGCACGCGAAGCAGCGGCAGGAGCUGCUGAAGAAGGACCACGAAAUUACCGAGUUGAGGCAGAGGGUGGCGGAGCAUACGUUACGCAGAGGCGAAGGCGACUGUAUGAUGCAAGAGCAAUUUCGAAAGAGGUUGCUCGAGAAGGAGAGGGCCUUAGAGAUGCUGAUCGGCGAAAGAGAUUCGGAGAUCGCGCGGCUGCGGCAGUGCGUAGACGCGCUGGAGGAGCGAGUCUGCGCUUACCGCGAGGAGCGCGACACCUUGAAGAACGAGAACGCCGAUCUUAUUGACGCGAGAGGCGCGCUCGCCAGGGAGAACGAGGCGCGUCGCGAGGAACUGCGAGCACAGGGCGAUCAGAUGCGCGAGCUGACCCAGAAGAUGGACCGCUUGAAACUGACUAUCGAGGUCUUGCAGAAGGAAGCGAACGAUAUCGACGAUCUCAAAAAGAAAUUGACGGACCUGCGGACGAGGAACGACGACCUCACGAACAAACUCAUCCAGGCCAACGAGACGAUCCGCGAACACGCCGAUAUCAUCGCGGACCUGAAGAGCCGGGACGAGAAGAACAGGCUGGCUUUGACGCGCGGGGAUAUGAAGUACGACGCGAUGUUAACGCAAAAGCUCGACGACAUUGCGAGGCUGCGGGACGAGAACCGGUCGUUGCGCGAUCAGCUGAGCGAGGUUGAGAUUAAGCUCACCCACAGCAACGACACGAUCUUGCUGUUGAGGAACGAGAGCGACAGCGUGGCCGCGAUAAGCGCUCUGCGGACGAGUCUGACGGGCUUGGACGAGGAUAAGGAGAAGCUGCUGGCGCGAGUGGAUAGUCUGAGAAGCGAAAUCGCAAGCUGCGAGGACUCGACGGAACGCGUCGCGAGCGAGCUGCGCGAGUUAUCGCGUCAGAACGAGACACUGAGGGCGGACCUGGAGACCGUGAGGAACACCAACGAUCAAUUGUUACGAGCGCGCGAGAACGACGCUGCGAAACGACCGUUGAAGGACGCCCUGUGCACGCUUCCCGGCAGAAUUUACGAGAGAAUCGCGCGUCUUCGAGAGGACGACGGCGAAGAGCGCGGUAACGGAGCCGCGCACGGCUCCGUGAAAGUUGCGUCAAGUCGUCGCGGCGACGAGGCCACUCUCGGCGCCGAAGAUGACGGGAAAGAGCGAUCGACGAAACAGGAUGAAGAAUUUGACACGAACCAACGCACGCGUGAUGAAUUAGGUUCGGCCGCUCGUGAGGCGGCUGGUAAUUCCGAGCGGGCCGCGCAUAAGUUGCGACUCCUGGAAGCACAGCGCGAGGAGCGGGAAGUGAAAACGUUGAUGAACGACGUGCAGCUGAGGGACCUGGAGAUUAAGAAUCUUCAGGAAUGCGUGAGCUUCCUGCUGCGGGAAAAGAACGACCUGCAGAACGAAGUUAAGCGUCAGGUAGAGGAGUAUCAGAGCAAGUUGGCGUUAUUGAAGAGAAAAUACGACAGCAGCUUAAGCGCGUUUCGCAAGCGGCACAAUGAGAACGUGGAGCGACUGCAGGCGCGGUUCGAAGACAUUAUGAAGAUCGAGAGGAGCCCGUUCGACGCGGAGAGCUGGCUGCAGUCGCUGAACUUGAAGGAGCUGGCGGAGCUGAAUAAUCGAAUCGAUAUUCUGAGCUCGCGCGCGGCCGCGGCCGCGGCCGCGGCCGCGGCCGCCGAGGCGGAUAUUGCGCACGUCGUGGAGACGAGUCACCACGCUAGUCGCCGGAGCGGUAAUCCCGCGGAGCGCAAACCCCACAACAAAUUCACCCUGCGCAAGGAACGCGCGCGCCAGAACAGAACAAUGUCUUUGAGCGGCGGCGCGACUAAGAGGGAAUCCAGCGGCAAAAUUUGCGACGCCGGGAGCAAGAGGAAGGCCGUCGUCGAGGAAUUGUACUCGCGCGACUCCGCGUACAAACGGAAACACCGACAUCUCGACGAGGACGCGGAGAAGAAGCCACGGUCCGGCCACACGGAGCUGGCCGAAUCCGGGACAGACCAAACCCUCGACUGGCAGAGGGAGAAGUUCAUCUACGGGUGCAGCGUACAUCACAGAUUGAGCAAUGGCCGCUGAUACGACCGCACGUGUACGACCGUCCGUGUGAUUCGUAACGCAGAGUGAUGUUAAACGUACGAAGGGAGGGGAGGCGCAAGAUAUUUCAUCAUUUUCACGAAUUGCCUUAUUACGUGAUCGCGUAAUCGCUCGCUCGCUCGCUCGCUAAUGUAAGAUCGGCGAGAUGUAUAUUUCA